CGCUUUUCAUCCUUUUCAAUUCUCCCUCUCGCGACCGCAUAGUGUGUGCGCGUGCGUGCGCGGAUCGCCGAGCUCCGUUUCAUUCUGUGCUGCCAGGAGACGCGCAUCUCUUUUAUUGCCGGCAAACAGUCAGUCAGCUCCAAGCUGCCUCCGUCAGAGCUACUGGUUUUUAUCUCAACAAUUGUUGCCGGGUUUUCUCGACUCGCAGUGCUGCCCGCCGGGUUCCGCUUGGAAAAAAACGGGAGGAGACGCGAGUACCGACUGGGCGUUGCUGAAGGAAAAGCGCUAGACUCGGUCAGCCAUAACCGUCUGAUAGCAGUAGACUCCAACUAGUGGACUCCUGGGUUCCUGAUUCCUCUUCUGCUGAGACGGACCUCCAGGACUAGGACAAGAUGAAACCGGAUGGUGUUGACACGGCAGCAAUGGAGCCAAUGGAAGCAUUAAACGCAGGUCCUGCGGUCGAGGUGGUGCCAGUGGGCGAAGCUCAGGACCAGGCUUUGCCUGCAACGCAAACAGAAGGUGAACCGCAGCAAACAGAGGCAACCAACAAGACCGAAAAGGACAAGCCCGUGGAUCCCAAAGCUAAGAUGAAGGCUCCUGCCAAAACAAAGACAACCACCGCUGGAACCAAGGCAUCUACAACCAGCUCCCGUCCCACCACUGGCCAAAGCCGCCUGACAAACGGGGCACAGAAGUCGCAAGCUAAUGGCGUCACAAAAAAGACCACCACAGCAGGCCUGGAGAAGAAAACCUCAACCACUGCUGCCACUAAAAAAACAAUUAGCUCUACUUCUGCACCCACAACCAAGACCCCAACCAAGCUGGCUGAGAAAAAGCCGGUGGGGACGGCGAGACCUGCCAGUGCUCCAGCCAAUGGCGUGAAAACAACAGGGGCCGCACAGCCCAUCAAGAAAGCCCCCGCUGCACCAGCCAAUGGUCUGAAGUCUAAACCAAAAACUACAGCUCCAGCUUCAGCUCCAAGACCCGCCACUGCGUCCACCACUAAGACCAGCACCACUGGCUCUCCCAAACCUGAUAGGCCACCUGUCGCCAAGACAACCAGGUCUGCUGGCUCUGCUCCUGCUGCCCAUUCUUCCCCUGCUGCCCCUAAGCCUGGGACACCGACAACUGCCAGCAAGACAUCUACAGCCGCAUCCAGGCCAACUACUGCGACACCCAAGACACCAUCUACUACUGCUAAACCUUCUCCUGCUAAAACCACAGCGCCAUCUGCUGGCCGCACUCCCACUCCUAAGACCGCAACACCUGUCAAGAAAGAUGUCAGUAAGCAGCCUUCUACUCCAGCAGCCAAGAAGCCCACUUCUUCUCCGCUUACCCGGCCAGCACCAACCAAGACCACCAAGUCUAACACUCCUAAGUCAGCCUCCACUGUCAAGGCAGAAUCAGCCUCAAAAAAACCCACCACCCCCAGCAAGGCGGCAGACGUUAAGACUAGUAAACCCAAGGAGAGCAAAGCAACUCCUUCCAAGGAGGCUAGCGCAAGCCCCAAGACCACAGGCAGCAAGCCCAGCACUAAGACAAGCAGCCCAAAGAAGUCAGUUGGCAGUAGCACUCCAAUGCCAUUGAAGGGUGGCCCAAAAGCCUCCCAGCCUGUAGACGCAGCAGCCACAGAGGCUGAGAAAAAGGAUGUGGUACCCGCUGUGGUUGCAGCCACUACUGCAGCUGCUGCUGUUGUUUCUGUGGUGACCUCUGAGGUAGCACCUGAAGACUCAGCUACAGCUUUUGUUCCUGCUGCCACUGAAGAGGCACCUGAGGACUUGUGUACCCAGGUCAAUCCUGCUGCCUCUGACAUGAAAUUAGAAGACUCAUUUACAACUCUAAUUCCUGCUUCCUCUGAGGACUCUAAAGAGGAUUCUAAAGAAAUGGCCACACAUGUCACUGCCCCUACCACUAUGGAAGCACCUGAAGACAAAGUUACACCUGUCAUUCCUCAUGUCGCUGAGGAAACACCUGAAGACUCUGUUACACCUUUCAGACCUGAAGAAACACCUGAAGACACAACUAUGUCUGUCAUUCCCCCGACCUCUGAUAAGGUACAAGAGGAAACUGUUUCACUUGUAAUUUCUUCAGAAGAAACACCCGAAGUAGUAACUACACCUGUCAUUCCUCCUACCUCUAAUGAGUCACGAGAAGCAACUGUUUCACCUGUCAUUCCUUCUGAAGAAACACCUGAAGACGUAACUACAUCUGUCAUUCCUCCUACCUCUUAUGAGGCACCUGAAGAAUCCAUUUCACCUGUCAUUACUCCUGCCUCUGAUGAAAUACCUGAAGAAACAUCUGCAUCUGUCAAUCCCCCUACCUCUUAUGAGGCACCUGUAGAAAACACUUCACCAGUCAUUUCUCCAGCCUUUGAAGAGGAUCCUGAAGACACCGUUACACCAGUUAUUUCUCCUGCUUCUGAAGAGGUGGAGCUUGUCUAUCCCCAGGACGUCCCCCAGAGCAUGGACACUUAUAAAUAUGACAAUGCCAUGUCUCAGCUGGCUGCUGAAGUAGACUUGGUCAGUCUGGAGGAGCCAGUGCCUGCUGUGUCUCCCCUGGGAACCACGGUACUGUCCCCACCAUCCUCUCCCACUGGCCCACCAUCCAUGGCAGUCGAACUCUCAAGCUCAGCUCCCUUCCUGGGCUUGCAGGGUCCAGCUGAACCAUGGGCACAGAGGUCUUCACUGUACCCCAGUUCUGUGACCACAGAGAAUGAGGAGCAGGAUGAGGAAAGACAGCACGAUGAAGAAAGUGAGCAGGAUGAUGAAAAAGAUCAGGAUGACAUACAGAUGCCCUCUGCAGCUGAGAAUGUGAUCGAAGACUUUGAUCUGAUGGGCUCUGCUGGUGGGGAUCACAUAAAAAAUGCAGCUCCUGCCUCCCCCUUGCAAGAACGAGAAGAGACGGUGGAGAAAGCAGAAGAAGAGAUUAAUGAAGACAAUGAUGAGGAGGAGGAGGAGGAAGAGAAAGAGGAAGAUGAGGAGGAGGAGGAGGAGGAGGAGGAAGAGGUAAAAGAGAUUGGCAUAAAGGAAUCAGUGCCCAAAACAGAGAAAGAAGUUGACCUUAAAAAGGGGAUGGCAGAUUUUGCCAGCUCUGAUUGGGGUAUGAUGCAAUCAGAUGACAUGUACAGCAGUAACAAACAUGACUCAGAAGUGACAUCUCCUUUUAAUGCUGAAGACAGCUGCAGUGCGAAAGAGACAGGUGACUUCAUCAUGACCGAGGCAGACAGGGAACAGCCAUUCACAGGGCCUCCUGGAAUCCAGUCAUUUGGUAGUGAAGAUGAGGAAGAGGAUGAAGAAGAAGAGCAUCUGAAGGAAGACAUGGAUCUAGUAUUAGAGCAUGAUGAUGAACAUCACAAACAACAGAAAGACAUGGAGGAAGAGAACGAAGAUGUAGAGAUGGUCCGCAGGGGCAUGGAUGAGAGUGCACUUGGGGUUAGUAGAAAUGAUGGUAACAAAGAUGAAGAUGAAGAUGACGAUGAUUACAGAGAGGAGAGUCAUCUAGAUCUCAACAGCAUGGGUCACACUGCUCCAGCAACAUCUAUGCCUUUUACAGCAGCAUGGAGUAAUUCCAAUCCAUUCUCUGAUUCCUGGGCCCAGCCUUCUUCUGUCCUGUCUGAAUCAAACCUGUCAGCUUCAAGAGUUCAAGAUCCAGACACACUCACCAAAUUCCCAGUCGAUCCAGACACAACCACCACAUUCUCAGCUGAACCAGAUACACCCCCCAAAUCCCCAGCUGAGGCUUUUCUGGAUAUGAGUCCACCCCUGAUUCAGGCCUCAGAACCUCAGCCUGACCUCCAAGAGGAGACCGGGAGCUCAGUCCCAGUGGAGUCAGGUAUCUUGGCUCCUCCUGCCAUUGGAAUGUCCCAGUCCAGCACCCUCAGUGGAACAGCCCUGGCUGCCCAUAGCAGCAGUGAGACCAGCACACCUGAAGAGCUUCGAGAUUAUGACAGCAGCUCAGGUGUAGAAUCCCGAUCAGACAAGCAGCAGACGCCAGUCCCUGCCAUGCAAAUGGACAUAGAGCAGGACCUAGGUAUUCACCUUGAGCGAGGUGAUGGGGAGGAGGAAGAGGCAGAAACGCUGCCGGCCGAUGAAGUACUGGGUGAUGCCGCAAUAGCACCAGCCUCUGUACCAUCAUCACCAUCAACCUCUGGUGAUGAGGCCAGUGAUACAGAGGGUGAGAUGCAAAUCAAUGAUCCUGAUGUUGCGGUUGAUGACAACGCCACAGAUCCUCACAACCUCGCUGCCCUGGAGGAAGAUGAGGAGGCUCCUGAACGCAUUGGAGAGGAAGAUGGUGAUACGCCUCAGUCAGCCAACUCUGUGGCCUCCUAUGGUUUUGACUGUUCCGCGUCCAUCUCCAAUGCCCACUCUAUGGCUGAGAGCUGUGGAAAGAGUCCAGGCAUCUUUAGCCUGGAAAAUGAAGAGCAGCUUCCGGAAGAGGCCAAGGAUCCCUCUUUCAUCAAGGAGCUCACCCUGCCAGCAGCUACCGCCUACAGUGAUGACUUGUUGGGUGGUCCAGUGGAUUUGCUGCCUAUCAGCGAGCCCACAGAGAGGGAUGCUGGAUUUGACGAGCACUACAUGCUGUGCAGUAAGACAGACCCAGGCGCUAUGGAGGAAAUGGAUCCUGAGUCCCCCAUGCACCUCUCACCCCAACAUGGGGACGAUUCUGACGGCCAGCCACCAUACUACUCUGCUAUAUGUGAUAAGACUGAUAACUUUCUGGCAGGUAACGUAUAAACUCCCUCUUUUGGAAUGCACCUUGUCUACCCCACGCUCCUACCCCGUGUCCUUCAUUUCUUCCAAAUGUGGGGUUGAAAUGAAUAGAAAUAUGUGAUAGAAAGAAUAGGGGAGCCAUCAGGUGAGGGAUUAUAGCUUUGUCUGAGCUGCUCUCUGUUCUUCUAUUACCACGGUGAUGGUUAUGAUUGUAUGGCUUAAACUUCUGUAUGUACAGUAGCUAUUCUCAUUUUCUAUUAGAAUGUACUUUUUAAAUAACACUGCAUUUCAUGGCACCCCUGAACCUGCAAUGUUAGACUAAGUUAAGUUGAUGUCCUUUAAUG